AUGAAUCUUUACUGGAUCAGAAUAACAAUUCCACCCUUGGAAUAGAUCCGGCUGAUCUGUUACCAUGGCAACUACGUUUCUUUUUGUCAGUAUAUUUAGUAGGGGCGAUGAUUUUCUGUUUCUUCUCAAACGUCAUGAUUACAGACUACCUAAAGAAAUGUCGCCAAGUCUUCCUCCGGAUGGAUCCUGUAUCACUGCACUGUAUUCAUCAUCUAGCAGUAUCUGACAUAAUAUUUCAGAUGAUACGCAUAUUUCCCAUGGCAACCACCACCAUUGUAGGAAGAUGGGUAUUUGGAGAUAAGCUGUGUUUUCUAAACUCAAUUCUAAAGUACGCUCCAGUCACAGCUUCCCUCUACUUCCUGCUAUUUAUAAUUCUCCUACAGGUGUGUAAGGUAGGUAGAUCGGAGGAGUUUGUUUGCUCCCGAAGUACAGUUGGACGAGGUAGACUCCUAGUACUGGUACUCUGGGCAGCAGCCGCCCUCUCCAGCCUCCUGCUCGCCAUCAAGAACCAGGACUACUGGUUCCAGCCCUGGAAUAUCGGGUGUGAAGUGGACGACUCUACCCGGUUUAAAGUGAUCGUUCUGAUCACCAUGUUCGGGAUCCCUCUCCUCUUCCUGCUCCUCCUCCUAUCCAUACUCGUGUUCCUGUGUUGCGUGUGUUGUCCAAACAGGUUCGACACCAGGGCUACACUAAUAGUUGAACUGUCCAUACUCUUCAUCCUAACAACAGCUCCCUCAAUGUCACUAAACUUGUGGAGGCAGUAUGGUGGCAGCGUGCCCCCCUGGACUGGAGUGCUGGAUAAUACCCUUUACACAAUAUUCGUGGUUUUGCGACCUAUUCUGUACACAACAGUGUGUCACAACUUUAAAGAUCACGUGAUUAGCACACUGUGUUGUGGUAGAAGAAGGGUAGCUCAGGACUGCUCCUAUGAUACAGUCACAAAUCAGGAGCUUUUUGAUAAAUAACCAGUUCAUACUAAAGUUGCUUCAUUUCCAAGAUGAAAGCGAAGCAGAUCAAAUAAAUAAGAAAAUGAAGACCACACAAACAACAGUACUCACAUCAAACGGUUGGGGUAGUUCCAGCAAGUGGUUAAUGUUGAUAACUUGAGGUGUUACACUCAUACUAACACUGUCCGUCAUGUUCCAGGUAUAGCAACUGCUUCUGUGCGGCACUGGGUGCUCCGCAUUGCAUUGACAUUCCGACCUGAACAAAUUACAUAUUUCAACACAGCGACCUGUUUGAAAACGGCAUGAGAUGUUGUUAAAACAUCAUCGUGUAAUGUGGAUAGUGAAAUCUUUUAUUUUCAUAUCAUAAUACUGUAUUUUCUAAUAAUUUAGACUUUUUGACCG